AGAAUUUCACCUGACGAACAAGAAGCGUGUUUCACGUUAGCCUGCUAGCGACAGUUGGUUUAUUGACAAAACGGACCCAACGUGAUAGUGAUGGAGCUAGAGUGGUAAGUACUAGUUUCGCUGAAAAUACUUUUAAAAAAUGAGGUUUAACGUGUUUAAAAGUGUAAGUUUAAGAGUCUGUAACCUCUUUAAGAAUAGUCUGGGUCAUAUCUGAGAUGUCAAGGUGUUAGUUUGGAUCAGGACCUGGUCUUAACGUGGUCUAGACAGCAGAAAGGAAACUGUCUGGUUUGUAUUUUCAUGAACAGAAUGAAGGCUCACAAAUUCGAAACUGUUUCUUUGGGAUCUGUUACUUUCUCCAUACUCCCUCCUUUAACAGCCCCACAAUUGAAGCUGUGAAGUUGUUGUGGUUGUUGGUGGUGUACUGGAGUGAGUGGCAUAAGUAUGAAGUAUAAAGAGAUAAGUAUAAAGUGCAAUGAUAAACUCUGUGAUCAUAUUAGCAAGAGCUGAAAAUGCAGAAGUUUCUUUAUGUUGAAUGUUGUGGUCGAGUUGUAUCAGAUUAUGUUGAUGUAAGUAAGGAAGGAAACAAACAUACUGCAGUUUCAUCAGCAAGAAAAGAAACUAUACUGACACAGAUCUGAAUAUUUAUACAUUUAUUAGCUUUAACUACCACAUUUUGAUCAUUUUACAUUUGUUUUAAUGUAAUGCAUGGAUAGACAUUUUCAUUUGAGUUGCGAGUUUCAGUAUAAUAUCACAUUUUCACAUAGAGUUUCACAGUAUUCUUACAGUUUGAGCAGAAGAAAGCAGCUCCUCCUGGAUCUCUUUGUACAUGCUCUAAUAUUUUCUCUCUAAUAAUAACAGGGAGGACCCUCCAGUCCCUGAAGGACCCUUCUUUACCAGAGAUCUCUAUGACAAAUAUUCCCUUGCACCCAACAUCAGAGAACUCUGGGCUUUUCUACAAAGGUGUGUGCAUACAAGAUUAUUAAGAAACACAACAGCUAAGGUGUUUAUAAAGGGAUACUCUGGUGUAAAAUAAAUUUAGGGUCAAAAACACCGUAACACCGAGUUAGACAUCCCGUCGAGAGAUGAAUGUUGCUGACCGCUUGCUUCUCUAGUUAUACCAACUUUAGUAACAACCGCAGAUAGCAACACAGAGAGUCACAGGCUCAACCAAAACGCCACUCUUUAGCCACAAAUAAUGCUCAGAACAGCACCUAAAUUCAUCAACAGUACAUAUAGGGUCCCAGCCACAGCACUAGCCACCAAACAUCUUUUUAACUUUACCUGAUUUCUUGUUUCACACAACUCACCUAAUCUCUUCCAGCAGCCACUUGUUUGUAGCAAGACCUCGGGCCAGUCCAUGACGAACUACUGCGGGGAGACGCAGCUCAAGGAAGAACAUUUAUGAUCAUUCUUUUAUCAUUUCCUUGAAGUAAUAAUCACCAUAUUAAUUAUUUUGCUCUGCAGACGAGGUAGUUCUUCUUCCUCAGCGUCUCGGUCUGAUUUAAUUUCCAUGAGGAAAUGAUCAUAAAUGUUCUUCCUUGAGCUGCGUCACCCCACUGCAGUCGAUGGACUGACCCGAGGUCUUGCUACAAACAAGUGGCUGCUGGAAGAGAGAGGGUGAGUUGUGUUUAGUCUCUUCGCUUAAGAAAUUAGGCAAAGUUAAAAAGAUGUUUGUUGGCUAAUGCUAUGCUUGGAACCUUAUAUGUACUGUUGAUGAAGUUAGGUGCUGUUCUGAGCAUUAUUUGUGGCUAUAGAGUGGCGUUUUGGUCUCUGUAUUGCUGUCUGCUGUCGUUAGUAAAGUUGGUAUAACUAGAGAAGCAAGCAGGUGGGAACAUUCAUCUCUCGACGGGGUGUCUAACUCUGUGUUACGGUGCGUUUGACCCUAACUUCAUUUUACGCCGGAAUAUCCCUCUAAGGAUGCAUUAUUGAGUAUUACUCUGAAAUCUUCUUAACAUUUUGAUUGUUUUUCUUGUUUAUUUUUUUAAUCUUUCCCCCAGUCCUGUAGAAAAUCCUAAUGUCAAACAUGAUGCUGAUGGUAGUGCUGUGAAACCAUCCAAAGAAAGAGCCAUCGAGUUUAAUGACAGUUGUGAUGAGGGCAUGUCUGUAGAUCAUGCUGCAGAAUCCACAGAAGAAUCCAAGGACAGACUGAGACAGGCUGCUAAUGAGGCAGAUGAAGUUUAUCCUCAUCCCAGAAUGCCCUACCCCUGUUUGUCCAGUCUGUCCAGCAAACAACAGAGGGCGUAUCUUGACUGUCUGAUGAGCAAGAAAAAAAUGAUUCCUCCACAGGUAACAUUUUUCACUCUCUGACGGUAUUUUAAAAGAGACAGUUUUUAUUUCUCAACUCCACAAAUAAAAGAUGUGCUCUCCUAUUUCAGAAUUUACAGGUUAAAGUAAAUGCUGAAGUAAUGGAGUUUACAAGGUACCUGCAGGAGGUGGCCAGAAUAUAUGCUGAUGACUACCUUUUUGCAUCAGAGGGAGCCAUGCAGUAUUCAGAGGUACUGAUAUUACGAAAAACAAAACUCUCAUCACCUUUGAGUUCCUAAGUAUAAAGACAUGGAGCCCUGGUUUGUUUUGUAGGAUUUCUUCAGAGGCUGUUUGGAGUCCAUUAAGACACAUCCUCAGUUCUACCUCAUCGAUGAGAUGACGAGUUUAACAGGGGGAACAUUUAAUCCAGGGCUCACGCUGACCUUUGAGAAACAGCUUCUAAUUAUGGUAAAGUACUUAUGAAGUGCUGCUAUCACACUGGAACAUUUCUCCUCUCAGAUGUGAAACUUCAUAUUCUCAUUUCCUUCACAAAAGACCACUGUCCGGUUUUCUAUUCAACCUUGAACUUAAAAAAGUGGAGUGCUGCAGAAUCAGCCUUUCUGAUGUUGAUUCAAUUCUCUUAUUCCCAUCUUUGUACCCUUUAUUUCUCCAGGGCGAUGUGGAUAUUACAGACCACACCAUAGUGUCUGCUGAUGCACAGCUUGCAUCGGAUUAUCAGAGUGUUUCAUCAGAGAUUCCUCCAGCUAAAAAAGCUAAGGACAUGCACGCUGUAAGCAAUUGUCUCGCUUCUUUAAUUGCUCAAUAAAAUAAGUCACAAAGAUUUUUUUACUGCUAGAAUGGGAUUCAUGACCGCAGGUCUAUUGUAACUCUGUUUCAGCUCUUGCAGUUUUCACAAAAGACACCAGAGGGUGUUCAUGUCUUGCUCAGCAAAACCACAGCUAAUUAAGUUUCUAAAACAGAGUGGGCCACACACACACAGCACCGUCAGAGUCCAGCUAAUUUAUACAGCUGUGUGGUUAUUUUACCUGCAUGUUUGACUUUUUGAGUAUACAUACUACUUGUGUCACAGAGUUAUGUAUUUUUCUCUGCAGACUGUCAGCAGUGAUAGUAACGCCAAGACCCUGAGUGAUCGCUACGAGCCUCAUGUGUGUUUGACGCGAGACGCUCUUGUCAGACUGCUAGACAACCACGGACCUGACUUUGGAGAACAAUGGGAGCUGCCAGUCACGGUUGAAUGUAAAAUAGGGAAAGGUAUGGUAUUAUUGCAGUGUUUUUAUUUCAAUAUGAAAAGCACUUGUGGAAAUAAUGCAUGUAAUAUUAAAAUGAAUAUUCAGGAUACAGUGUCACAUAUCAAGAUUUGUAUUUCCUUUCUGCUUCUGAGGGAUGAGUCAGUUUAAAUCCUGUUUGUGAAGGAAGUACAGCAGCGGGGAAAUCUGGGAUGACUGUCACAGACUGUAAUGACAAGUGGUGGCCUCAGUGUGGCAGUGUUUCACAAAUUCUUUGUUUUCUGUGUUUUAUUUACAGGCGGUGUUCAGAGGAAGACGGUGUACAUCGACUCUCCUCUUUUAAAGACUGAAAUGACUGUUAGAGAGAGGAGUCACUUCUUCCAUGAAGAGAGUUUAAAGCUUUCCAUCAACAAGAACGGCACUAAAAAUAUUUUUCAUUUGAUGACUGAGCUUCCUGCAAAUGAACAGCAGCUCUCACCAGUAUGUUAAUGCACGUCUAGAUAAGAUGCACUACUUAAUAUCAUGCACUCGGUCUAUCUUAUCAGAUCUGUGAUUCUUUGUCAUGUUUGUCGACAGGAGAAUUCAAAAAGGAAUUUGGUGUCUUUUGAAAAUAACCUCGACUUUGAUAUGGAUCUCACUGACCUGGAGACAUUUGGGGAGGCAACACCUGUUAAGACCUCCAAGAUGCAAAAGACACAGACUGAGCAGGAUGCAAGUGUUAAAAGUGAAACAGCUACAAGUUUGUCACCUUUAAGAAAGACUGAAAGGUCAGCUGAGCUCACCUGCAGCAGUACGCAAGGAGAGACCAACACCUCUUUGUCGGAUAAAGAUGAUCCAACAACAGAGGAGAUGACUCAGACAGCUGAGUGUAAAGUCCCUGAGCCAAAAUGUGAACACGUGAGAGCGGAUUCUGCUAAAGACCAUGAGGACUCAGAUGAUGAGAAGCUGGUCAUCGAUGACACUCUGACUCCAGCUGCAUCACCUGUAAUACCACCUAAGCCUAAAACCACUCCAACUCCUGGUGUUCCCCCGGUCUCUGAGUCGGCACCUGUAAACCCAGAGUCAUCCUCCCCUCUAAGAGUCACGAGGCAGAGACGACAACCUAAAAAAGCCAGAAUUUCGGGUGACCAGCUGGGGGAGAUCCUCUGCAUGCAGACAGCUAUGUUCAACAAAACUAGUAACACUCCAAAACACCCCACCACACCGGAGGAAACAAACCCACCCGCACAAUGCAUGGGACCCCCUGUUCACUCCCACCCAACAUCUCUCGUGAAGCCCUGUGUGACUUCAUACUUAGAGAGAAACAAGAACCAGGAUGGACAGACCUACACCCCUUUGAAGGAUGCCACGCCUGCGAUCAAUGCUGCUGUUCCAGAGCACAAAAGUGAGUGGCCGAGUGUUUUUUCCCUGUGGGCUCAGUUGUUCAACAGUAUUCAGUAAUCUGAGAUUAAAGCUGUUUAAUUUGAUCAAUUUGAUUUGAAUUUGAUUUGAAAAAUAUCUGAAGUAGGUGAAAAAAUAAUUAAGUAGAUACCUUGAAUAUUUUUAUAGUUGAUUAGAUAAAACAAAUAAAGAAUAAUAAAAACAUGUUCUACUCAGCUGUUAAUAUCGAACCAAAAAUCUGGGAUUAAAGCGUCUGCGAUCAACCAGUUAUUUGGUUUUUAUCUUGUUAAUGUUUCAUCUUAGCUCCUGAAGCAACAGCCAGGCUUGAAUCUGACCCUUGGAUUUGCACUUAACAUCAUUGUUUACAGUCUUGUAGGGAUGGGAGAAAAAAUGGAUACAGCAUAGUAUCACGAUAUUUUGUCUGGUGAUAUAUCGUAUCGUCUCAUUUACCAAGUAUAGUUUUUUUCAAAUUAAGUGCUUGUAUGAAGUAAAAUCUGUGAUAAUGGAAAAAUAAAAUCAAGUGUUUGUCCAGUGAGGUUGGCAGAGGUGACAUCAUAGAGCAGGAGAUUAGUAUAACAAAUAUGUAUGAGGUUUGCAAGAUGUGCAACAUGAAAAUAAAAUACAGCGUAAAUAAGACAAACAUUAACGAAAGACAAAUGCUAAAUUAGCUAAACAGUUGAAAAAUUGUAUAAAUCGCAAGAUAUUGUAUCCCAAUACUCACUGUAUUGCAAAAUGUUAAAAAUCAUGGAGUCACUAGUGAUUCCCACCCCUACAGUCUUCCUAGAUCCUCACUCCGUCCACUGUGCGCUGUCUAAAGGCACAAAAUGCCCCAAAAGUUAUUUUCAACAAUGCAGGAAAGUGGAUUCCUGAACAGCUGGGCUUAGAAGACCAAAGUUGUUGUCCUGCAUUAAGUUGAUAUCUGGUACAUCUUAAAUCCCCUCACAGGAAUACUCUCAGAGGACCUGCAGGCGAGUGCAGAGGAUGAAAAAGACUACCAGCCUCCAGAGAAAGGCAACCUUCUCUACAAGCUCUACAGUCUGCAGGAUCUAUUGCUCAUGGUGCGCAGCUCCAUCUCACUGACACAUUCCAGGAAAGUGGGCAGCAAGCAGAACCAGGUACUAGUUCGAUCAGAUGACACUUAUGAAAUGUCACAGUUUCAUUUCAUAUUAGACUUAACAGUUUCCCUUUUUAUGACUCUUUUGUUCUUCUUUUGGAAGUUUGUGCCAGUCCAUGUCCUACCCAAGCUGGAGUACCAGUUGUGUUACGGGGUUGAGUGUCUAAGCAAUAGUGAGCUUUGCCAACUAUGGACUGAGACGGUGCUUCACUCCAGCACAGUCUCCUUCAUAGGUAAAAGUUUAAUUCUUGUUCUCUUCUUCUCCGAGCAGAGAAAGUCCAGGAAGAAAUGUUCAAACUACUCUCAGAGUCACUUUAAUGAGUAGAGUAUGGUUUCCCUGUAGCUUUUAAUUUUCGAACAUGAUUGCCAGGAAAGAGCACACAAAAAAAAACCUCCUCUCCUCUUGUCCACAUGGCAAAUCCUCCCACAAACCAAAGAAAUAGUCUUCAGAUGACUCACUGUUCCAGUGCGGCUGUGUACCGAUUGAGUUUACUUUGUUGCCAUGGCUACAGCCAUGCUUGAUUAUGGAGAAAACAGUGUGCACAGCUCAGCUAAAUGCUGUUUUGAAGAUCAUUUAAACUCUCCUAAUGCUUAUUGUUGAUUUGCACAUUCUCCUUAACUGUAGUUUUAGAUUUUAGAUGGACUCAUCCUUUUUUCUAUAACAGGUCUAUUGAUGUGCUGACUGUAUAUCUUAUAUCAUAUCUGAGAAUCCAUAAAUAUUGACCUUAUCCUAGUCUGAAACAUAGCAUACUGAGGGACAAGAUCAUACAUGUUACUGUCAGCAGUACAACAUGUUUGUUUACUGGAUUUUUAACACGCUUCAUGGAUCUGAAUAGCUCUGCAUAGAACAUGUAACCUGUGAUAUGUGUAAACCCUGUGUUAGAUAUUUGAAACCCUGGAUGUUUUCAAAGGGAACUGUUUUACCAGCAGCAUUUAGAAAAUAAAUAAAGAUAAAACAGUCGUAUCACUCGUGCAAAAUUAAACAUAAAGAAUUACGCAAAAAAACAUCAGCUGAUCAGACUUCCUCCUUUGCUUUGUGGAUCAUGGUUCAGCAUGUGGUUAUCAUGUGGCACCCCUAACUGUGUAUUCAUGGCUGUGGUUGUGCGCUCUAAACCGGCCCAUGAGUGUAGGAAGGCGCCGUUAAAAGGAAGCGAGCUUUACAAUCAUGAGUGGGAGGCAGGCAAAAGAGACAGGCCCGACAAGCAUGUCUUACCUCCCACUCAAGCUUGUAACAACGCUGGCAAACCAUCACAGACUAAUUACUUAAUAAGCUCCAUGAAUGGCAUAGAUGAUGAAGCAACGCACUUGAUGUGUGCGCUCAUUAGCUCUUGUUCUUUCCUCUCUCUCUCUCUCUCUCUCUCUCUCUGUGUCUCUCGCCCCCCUUUGUCUGUCUCUGUAGCUCACAUCAAUGCGUUCACAUCAAAAGUAGCUCUGCUGAGAAAGCUGCCUGACACCUGGAAACAGAACAUAUCAUGUGGGUUCAAGUGAGUGUCACCGCUCCAGAUGUGUGCAGAUUAUCAAGAUGAAUGUGAUCGUUCCUCUAAGAGGUUUUUAAUCUGUAACUCAGUCAGUUUACAGAAUAAUCCAGCCUUUUUUGUCCUCUGUGACUCAACAAACUUGGUGUUGAAAAUUCAGACCCUAAGGUUUGACAGGAGGAUAUGUCUUCUUAAUCCACAGGCCCUCCAAGUCACUCAAUAUACUGCACCACCUCCUGAAAAAGCUAACUGGGUAAGUUCAGGACAUUUCAUAUCAGCUGUGUCCUUUGAGACAGGAUAUCCAUUUUUUAAUGUAUCUGUUUAAAUGCAUGCUAAUGUUUGAUUUGAUGUACCAUCUGUACAAAAAGUAAGGUCUGAUGAGGCCAUGAUCUGCGGGUGAGUUGUCUGUACACAUCUGUCUGUCUUCACGCCCAUUUCACCAUGAUGAAAUUUUUUGUACAGUCAGGUCUGACAGACCGCCUCUGACUAAAACUGUGACGUGAGUCUGCCUCUGUGUUUGGAUUGGAAAAUUACACAAUCCAUUGCUCAACAAACACAUGAUGGCUGCUUCACUUUCUGCUUUCUUCAGGCUCUGCUCACCUACAGUCCCCGUACUGUAACGUGUUUGAGUAGGGGGUGUAAUUGACAGUAACCCACUCUGAAUGACUCUAUUUGGUCUUGUAGGUUAAAGGAAGGACAGUACCUGGUGACACACGACACAGGCACACCCUUUGUGAGACUAUUAAAAGCAGCUCACGGUAAAGGGACCCACAACCUGCAUCAGAUCCAUAGUGCCGUCCCGCAGCCCCCAGCCUCAGGCCGCGUACCCUGGAUACCUGUAGAUCCAGCUGUGGUUCUUCCUUUCCACAAGAAGCACGGCCGUGUCCCCUGCACUUUCCCUCUUACACCCACGAUAAAGGUUUGUGUUUAUUUGACGCCAACACAGCUUUGUUUAAAAAAACAAAAAAUCACUAGAGGGCACGAGAGACAAUGAGGUGAGAGGUUAUUAAAAUCACUCGAAAGUGUUUGUUGGUUAAUGUUUAGGAAGUUCACACCCUUCAUCAGACACUCACACGUUCAGGGAUUCUCCAAAAGCCAAGACUGCAGUCUCCCACUAAGCUGUGGUAAGUGCAAAGCCCUUGGCCGUUUUCAUAUCAGACAGGCUGAACCAGCAAACUGCUGCAUAGUUUGACUCCACAAGUCCUAAACUAACAACAGGGACAAAAGAGAGCAGAGCAAAAUCAGCAGCAGCUCAGCAGGGUUUAAUUGUAUACACACACAGAUUCGUAGGAUGCCUGUCUGAAAUUCCUCAAGGCGAAGACACCACCACAUCUUUCGACUCUCCUAACACUCGAAGAAAGUGUUGUUCAGCACUUAACAAUAACCUGUUUACUUCUCAUAACAUAUUUUAACAUUAUUUUACUAUAAAAUGAGUUAGAGAUAUGUGUCUAAUUUCUGUCGUCUCCUUCAGCCGUUUCAAGGUUGGUCAGUGCACCCAAACAAGAAUGGAGCUGGACAGGCCGACAACAACACGACAGCAGGAGGUAAAAAGAAGAAGAAGAAGAAUAAAGGAAAAAGAGCAGCCAGACGUGACAAGUUCAUGAAAAAGCUAAUUCAGAAGUCUGUUUGAAUCUUGUAUGAGAAGAUGCAGUCAUGUCAUUCAUUUAAAGUCACGUCAGCUCAGUCAGAAGAGGAGCUGAAGUUAAAAGAACCGCAGGGAGAGUUACUUGAAAGCUAACACUGAAGCACUUAAUACAAUCUUUAUUUGUUUUUGUGUCUGUCAUAUUUAAAUAUAAUAGAAUAAAAAUCCUAAAUAAACUUUUCAAAGUCUUUUCUCUAA